AUGGAGCACAACGGGUCUACUUCAAACGCUGGUAAAAGCCACCGGAAUCGAUUGUCGAGUGUGACUGAAGAUGAAGACCAAGAUGCUGCUCUCACCAUCGUGACCGUGCUGGACAAGGUGGCCAGUGUGGUGGACAGUGUGCAGGCAAGCCAGAGGAGAAUAGAGGAGAGGCACAGGGAGAUGGAAAACGCUAUCAAGUCGGUCCAGAUCGACCUGCUGAAGCUCUCACAGUCUCACGGCAACACUGGCCACAUUGUCAACAAGCUGUUUGAGAAGACCCGGAAGGUCAGUGCACACAUUAAAGACGUGAAGGCCCGGGUGGAGAAGCAACAGGUUCACGUAACGAAGGUUGCAACCAAGCAAGAAGAAAUAAUGAAGAAAAACAAAUUCCGCGUGGUAAUAUUCCAGGAGGAUAUUCGGUGCCCUUCAUCCCUGUCUGUUGUUAAAGACAGGAGCCUGCCUGAGAGCCAGGAGGAGGUCGAGGAAGUCUUUGAUCCCCCAAUAGAGCUCUCAUCGGACGAAGAAUACUAUGCUGAAGAAAGCAGAUCUGCCAGGUUUAGAAAGUCAGGCAAGGAGCACAUUGAUCAUAUCAAGAAGGCGUUUUCCAAAGAAAACAUGCAGAAGACACGGCAGAAUCUUGACAAGAAAGUGAGCGGAAUCAGAACUAGAAUCGUCACGCCUGAGAGGAGAGAGAGGCUGAGGCAGUCGGGAGAGAGGCUGAAGCAGUCAGGGGAAAGAUUUAAGAAGUCGAUUUCAAAUGCUGCCCCCUCAAAGGAAGCUUUUAAGAUGCGCAGCCUCAGGAAACCUAAGGAUCCCAAGGUGGAAGGCCAGGAGGGAGACAGAGGGAUGGGUGUGGACAUUAUCACAGGUAGCCUGGCGCUGGGGCCCAUCCAUGAGUUCCACCCCGAUGAAAUCAGUGAAACAGAAAAGGAAGUGGCCAAGGUAGGGUACAUUCCCCAAGAAGGAGGGGACCCCCAGACUCCUGAGCCUUUGAAGGUGACGUUUAAACCCCAGGUGAGAGUAGAGGAUGAUGAGUCCCUCCUGUUGGAUUUAAAGCAGUCCUCAUAG